AUGAAGACUUUGUGGGCUGCUUUGCUGGUGAGCCUCGUAUGCAUUGGAAAAGUGGAUUCGCUCUGGUGCUACCGAUGCGAAGAUGAACCUUCCAACUGGAACUGUAUGAAAAUGGUGAAGUGUGCGGAGACGGACAGAUACUGUACCACGACGGUGACCACCAGUGGGAGAGACAACAACGUGUCCUACCGACUUAACAAGAAAUGUGUCCCAACCUGUACUGAGAAUUUCAUUGAUACCGGCAUGGGAAGCGUUUCCACGAAAUGUUGCGAAAGCUCCCUCUGCAAUAUUAGUGGGGCCAACAGUGUGAAAAUCAGCAGCACGGUGAUGGCGUUGGGGACCCUGGCCAGUUUCUUGUACAUCUUCCGAUCAGGAUUGUGA